ACGCGAGGCGGGGAAGAAGAAAGAAACAGGACGUUGUGUUAAAUCUGUGAAUGUGCAGAUUGCUGAAGAUGAAUAAACCUCUUUAGUUUCUGUCACGUUCCAAUUAUCAGACCGUGUGUCUGUUCGACAAACCGACUGAGAGUACAGACAGCUGAUCCUCCGCUGGGUUCACCGGGCUUUCUGAAGUUUCUCCAGUCAUCCACUCAUCAUGGUGGAGUACUACCAGGUUUUAGGAGUACGGAAGGAUGCGUCUGCAGAUGACAUAAAGAAAGCGUACAGAAAGCUGGCCCUGAGGUGGCACCCAGAUAAAAACCCAGAGAACAAAGAGGAGGCUGAGAAGAAGUUCAAGGAGUUGUCAGAGGCUUAUGAAGUCCUGUCUGAUGCAAACAAGAGGAGUAUAUAUGAUCGUUAUGGCAAAGAGGGGCUGACAGGGAGCAAUGGUGGAAGAGGGCCGCACUUCCACAAUGGAGAGCAUUUCCAUGAACCUUUCACGUUCCGUAACCCAGAAGAUGUUUUCAGGGAAUUCUUUGGUGCCAGAGACCCAUUUGCAGACUUUUUUGGUGCAGAUCCAUUUAGUGAUGACCCGUUUUUUGGUAGUGGCCGGCGGCACCAAAGCCGGGCAAGUCGUAGCCGGACAGGUGGCUCUUUUUUGGGGGGCUUUGGUUUCCCAGCCUUCGGUGCCGGCUUCUCCCCUUUUGACCCAGCCUUUGGUUCUUUUGGCUCCAUGAGCACCGUGGGUCAUAUCGGUCACAUGGGUCACAUGACAACAAUGGGCAGUAUGGGAGGUGGCGGCUUCACCUCUUUCUCAUCAACCUCUUUUGGAGGAGGAGGCGGAGGAAGCAUGGGCAACUUUCGCUCUGUGUCUACCUCCACCAAGACCAUCAACGGCAGGAAGAUCACUACUAAAAGAAUUGUAGAGAACGGUCAGGAGAGAGUUGAGGUGGAAGAGGACGGCCGGCUACGCUCAUUAACCAUUAAUGGCAAAGAGCAGCUGCUGCGACUGGAACACAAGUGAAGACACGCAAACAUCCUCCACUGGAGAAGUGUUACCUCAGUACCGAGAUCCCAAUAAAACUUGAGCUCACAGUGGAAUAAACAAAGCAACAAAACGAUGUAAUAAUAGCUGUGUUUCAUUAGUUGGUUACUUAUGUUGUGCUGUUCCAUUCAUGUCCUUCCCCUGCUGACUCUCAUUUGUUAACCAACACUUUGACUCCAAGGGUUUUCUAUGCAUUUAGUUGUUGUCUAUGAAUCGAAGCCGUCCUUUAUUUUUGCUCAGGGUGGUGUUAUUUUAACGUUUGGGACCACAGUAUUGUUUUGAUGUUCUGAUAUGACCUUCCCCAUUUCAGUACUUUGAGCUUCGCGUCAUUCACAACGAGGCGUGACUUUGCUCUUUCAUCUGAAUCGAAAAAAAAUUUCUUUUCAUUUUGAAAACGUGGGUAAAAAGUUUCUAUCCCAGCACCCCACGUUUAUUGCUUGUCUAACCGAUUCUUAAUAUUUAUUUAUUUUUAUUAAAAACACAAUGCUGGUAGGAUGUGUUUUGCAAUUUUAUAUGUUCUAAUACCUGUGUGUUUCUGUUUAUUUAAUGAUGCAUGUAUACCUGUUGAUGUCAAGUCUUAAUGUCAAAGCUUUUGAUGGAAGGCGUUCCAUAAAUGACAAAUGAAUAUGGAAGGAAUUUUGUGUACUUUGUAAACCAAUAAAUCUUGAGUUUCAUCCUGUUUUCAGGAUGUUGAAAUA